CCCACCUCCUCCCCGACUUCUUUUCAUUCGCCUCUGGUCGCCGAGCUGGAUUGUGUUCCCCCUCCGCUCCGAACAAAAGCCCGCCCGGCCCCGCGUCCCCCCCUCUGCCCGGCGGACUGAGCUGCUCUCCGGACCCGGCGGCGUCGGGUUGCAUGGUGGGUGCUUCGGCUGCUUCCGCGGCUCAACAAAUGCAGAAAAGGGAGAAAAGUUUCGGUAUACAAAUGCUCUCCGUCCAGCCGGACACCAAGCCAAAAGGCUGUGCCGGCUGCAACCGGAAGAUCAAGGACCGCUACCUGCUGAAGGCCCUCGAUAAGUACUGGCACGAGGACUGCCUGAAGUGUGCCUGCUGCGACUGCAGGCUGGGCGAGGUGGGCUCCACGCUCUACACCAAAGCCAACCUCAUCCUGUGCCGGAGAGACUACCUACGGUUGUUUGGUGUAACGGGGAACUGCGCGGCCUGCAGCAAGCUCAUUCCAGCCUUCGAGAUGGUCAUGAGGGCCAAGGAGAACGUCUACCACCUGGACUGCUUCGCAUGCCAGCUCUGCAAUCAGAGGUUUUGUGUGGGAGACAAGUUUUUCCUGAAGAACAACAUGAUCCUGUGCCAGACAGACUACGAGGAGGGGCUGAUGAAGGAGGGCUACGCUCCCCAGGUCCGCUGACCCUCGUAGGCCGGCACAGAGGAAGAGGAGGAGGAAGAGGAGGAGUGGGAGAAAGAGAGAGACUGAAGGAGAGCUUGCAAUCACACAACAAAAAGCACUAUAGCCUCCUGUCCAUCUUCUGUCCCCCACAUGUACAUAACUAAGAAAUCCUCCCUUGGAGGGGACACAUUCUGCUGUACAAAAUAGCCAUAGAGACGCCGGCGUGGCAGGGAGCGGCCCUGGAAGCAAACAUCAUACCACGACUAUGAAACAACAGUUUGUCCUUUUCUUUGUUUGUGACUGACGGACGCUGCCUCUUCCAUUCAGGCCAACUAACACUGGCCCCAGAGCAAUUUCCAACCAACAGGUGUUUCCCAGUUGUUGGAAGAAAAAAAAGUGAACCAACCCAAAACCAGACUUGUCUUGUUUUAUCUGACCAGGACAGACAGCGUCCCACCUGACUGCACAGUCCAACAACUUCUACUUGAAUCUUAAAACACACUGAGGUAUUGUCAAUCAAUGUUAUUUUGCGAUGAAGACCUUUUUACUGUAUUGAUAUCGAAUUAAAAAACACGGUGAAUGUAAACUGAAGAGCGGCAAAACUAACGCCUUGGGAUGAGUGAUUUGUUGUUAUGUGUGUGUCUGUAUGUAUGUGUGUGUAUGUGUGUGUGUGUGGAUCCCUCUUCAGGAUGAGCACUUCUCUGCAGUGCAGUCUCACAAGGCUUGGUCUGGUCCAUAUAGUCGAUUCAGAACCCUCAAGAUUCCAGAGCUGUUCCCCUUAAACAACACAGAGUCAUUGUACUGUCGACCCAUGAUGACUCGUGUCAUGUCGGUGUGACUUUAUGGUCGCACCACUCCAGAGAUAACAAUAAAUGUGUGAUUAGAUCUGAAUGUCAAUGGAAUGACCUUUCACAGGUCAAAGACGGCAACAUUGGAAAACAUGGAUUACAUUUACUAAUUCUAAUGUGAACAUCAUUAUCCACCAUUCAGCUCUGAGCUUUUAUCCUCCUGCCUUAGAUAUUUAUCACGGGAGUAGGUGGAGACCAAAGCGGAGCUAAAGUGAGAGUAAAUAUUGGCUGUUGUCUCCAUUGAGAUGCUAAAGUUGCUCUUUGUCUACUGGAUGUGUAAAUAUGAAGCUCAGUAUGUUGAUAGCUACAUUGUGUGAAACGUUAUGUCUUCAGCUUGUUUAAAAAAUAAAUAAAAUAAUACAUUUAUAGCAGCUCUAAACGUUAUGGACCAGACUUUAUGCCUGUAGACAAACACCUGGAUGUGUGAGAUCUUUCAUGGGGUGACGAGAGUCGGUUCCAUUCCUAAAAUGCAUUCCGUCAGAGCUCCUUUCAGCAGUGGGUUGGACUGUGACUCCAGGCUCUCUUUUCCUGAGGUGGAAGGCUGUGCAAUUUCUUUUCUGCCGGAAACAGUCUUUCUAUUUAUUGAAACCUUGCUUUCGCAUUGGUCAUGGAGGCAGGAUGUUGUAGCGGUCGUCGGGGGGUGAAGGGAUCGGUGUGGGUUGGAGGGCGGGUUGGUUACUUUUUUGUACACUAUUUAUUUGAUAAACGUUCGAUGCUUCACCAGUUGUCCGAGAUUUUGCAUUGUUUGACUUGCUGGUACUGAAAUCCAGUCGAUGUUUUCUCAAUCACUGGCUUAUGUUGAGGAUGGCUCUGGGUUCAGUCACCUGCACUCUACGACAGGUCAGUCAUCUGAGUCGUGAUGGCCCCCCUGCGUCAGAGGAGUCACAUCCCUUUCAAACAUUCAACAAUGUUCAUGUUUCUAACAUAAAAUAUCAGCAUCUGAGCGUGUGAUACGGCGCUCAGCAACAUUUCUUAGCUGGUAAAGAAAAGAUCCUUCUCUAAUUUGUAAAUUAUGGGUGUACAUAAAAGAAAUAUUCAUUUUUGCUUGCUAUUGUACAAUGAUUUCUUUUUAUGUGUCAUCCAGCAUGAGAUGUUUAUUUUUAGGACAACGCUUGUAAAUA